AACCACGGAUAACUUUAAAGUUUAGUGCGCCGAGCGCGCUUCUACCGAGUGGGUGUUUGCACUCGUUCGAUCCAAUAUUAUAUUCAUUCCGUCACACCUCCCCAACUGGAACUCAAUACCGCUAAAUACCACUUGUUAAACAUUAAUACCAGUAAAUUCAAUUUUUUAUUCUCCGAGUGAUUAGUGUUUGGCUACUACACCCUAUAUAGUUCGCGUUAAAUAUUAUUCGACAAACUUAUUAUGUGCAGUAUUAAUACUACGUGUAUUUUAUCAAGCGUAUUUACUUAGCUUCAAUUUUUAUUUUAUGCAUAUAUUUGACUUACGUCAAUAGCUGGAUUGUUUGGGUUUAUUUUCUGAUGCUAUAGGGAAUCUAUUUUCAAUUAACAAUCUGUAAUUGUCUAUCGUAAUUUACGUUAUAAUCACCCAGUAGUACAAUACGUUUACGUACCAUUCCAAUUGAAUUACUAGUCCGAGUAAUCGAGCUUAUAAUAAUUACCACUAUUAUUUAUCUGUAAUGAAAGUUGGCUAUUAUCGCUAUUGUUAUGAUUGGCAUUAUUUGUUAUUAAGGUAUAUCUUAAUUAAAUUUCAUUCCGAUGCGUUUUUGGCGGGAAUUUUAUUUCACAAUAAAUUCUAUUAAAGAAUGUUAAAUAUUACUGUGAGAGUUUUUUUAGGAUUUUUUAUAAAUUAGUGAAGAGUUGGGUGAAAUCGAAUAUUGUUUUUGUAAGCUAUCAAUUACGAGUUAAUUGGCCAGAAAUAAAAAACUCUAUUCAAAUUAUCUUCGGUAUUUUCUAAUGAAACUGAUAUCCAAUUAAAUUCGCCGCAAACAGAACGAUUUAUUGCCGAGGACAAUAUCAAAAUAUAAAAGUAAUUUAAUUAAAAAAAUUUUAAUUAAAGCUAUAUAUUUAUUUACGCAAAAAUUGUUGAAAAGUAUACAGUGAGUUUGAAUGGAGGAAAAAAUGGGUAAAAAGAAGAGAGUAACGUGAUGGUGGAAACUUGAUAGACGGAAGCCUAGAUAAACAGGUAAACUGAGAGCAAGAGCCAAACAACUAAACUAGGAAAGAAGAUUGAAGUUACUUUAAAGUUUGUGCACAACUACGAGUUCCAUCCUUGCCGGAAUUAUUUACAUGUACCUGUGUAGUAUCUUUAGAAACAGAAAUGUUGCACAAGUUUGUGGUAUUAAUGUUACUACUUGUACGGCUGUCAUUUGUCCUUGGUUCGCCACUUUAUCCGCAACUAUUAAUACCUAAUGAAGAAAUAAAAAAGUCAACAUACAUACGUCACUACACAGGAGCUUUUUACGACACCGCAGCGCUGAAGCGUCACCGUGACCGAUCACGUCGCGACUUUUCUGGUAUUGGAAAAGAAGUCGGUUCUACGCUGAAUUUACAUGUCAAUGCUUUUGACAGGAUAUUUAAAAUGCGCUUGAAGAGAGACAAGACGCUCUUCCAUGACGCGGUUCUUUUCGAGACUUCAAAUGGCACGAUAUCUUUUGAUCCCUCUCAUGUCUACGUCGGCGGUCUCGAAGAUGACGAAAAAGCUACAGUACACGGAAUAAUAACAACAGAGGGUCUUUUCGACGGAACCGUAAUAACAGGAACGGACGAAAUUUACAUAGAGCCGUUUGCAAGAUACUCUCAUCUUGUGCGACGUGAUAUAAAUGAAUUAAAUCCUGCCGAUAACCAUCAUCACAGCAUCGCAUAUCGUUCCAGUGAUGUUUCUACACCGUUGGAUAUUUUAAACCGUCCUAUUAACAGUGAACGCAUCAGCGAAAACGAUCUUUUCAACUUCACCCAUGCACUUAACGAUCCAAUCCUAUUCGACGCGGAUGAAUUUUUAAAUACGGACUACAGCAAAAACGCGGAUAAUGAAGAAAGCUUCGACGUGUACAGAGACGACAGGGAAAAAUAUUUGCGGAGCCGUAAGCGGACGGUUGAUCCGAAAAAAACUACUUGCAUGCUGUACUUGCAAGCGGAUCAUACCUUCGUCGAGCACUACAAAUCCGAGGAAGCUUGCAUCGAGGUCAUGACGCGACAUGUGCAGAGAGUUAAUGCUAUUUACCGAUACACUGACUUCAAUCAAGAUGGAGAGCCUGACAACAUCAGCUUCAUGAUUAAACGAGUGAAAAUCCACGGAGCAAGUGCACUUAAAGAUCCCGCUUACCGCUUCAAUGGCAAAUAUGGUGUCGAAGAAUAUCUCGAACUAUUUUCAGAGGAAAACUACGACGCGUUUUGUCUGUCUUAUAUGUUCACUUACCGUGAUUUUGAGAAAGGAACUCUGGGGCUGGCCUGGACCGGAGACUUGAAGAAUGCCGGGGGUGUGUGCGAGAAGAAUGGGCAUUACCGCGGAAGCAUGAAAUCAUUGAACACGGGAAUAAUUACUCUAUUAAAUUAUGGGAAACAUGUACCGCCGGCUGUAUCACAUGUCACGCUGGCUCAUGAAAUCGGGCACAAUUUCGGAUCACCGCACGACCCCGAUGAAUGCUCUCCCGGCGGAGAAGACGGUAAUUUCAUAAUGUUUGCACGUGCGACUAGCGGCGACAAGAGAAAUAACAAUCGAUUCAGCCGGUGCAGUCUCAUAUCAAUAAAUCCCGUUUUGGACGUCAAAGCUCGUUCCACCAAAGGCUGCUUCGCCGAACACCAAAUAGCCAUUUGCGGUAAUGGGGUAGUUGAAGAGGGCGAGGAGUGUGACUGCGGAUGGGAAGAAGAUUGUAAUGAUCCAUGCUGUCAUCCUCAACGAUUACACCAUGCGCCGUUCGAAAUUCCCUGCCGCUUAACUGAGGACGCAGUUUGCAGUCCUAGUCAGGGUCCCUGCUGUACUACUGGAUGCUCGCUACGCAGUGGAACUAAAUGUCGAGAUGAUAAUGGCUGCAGAGAUGCAAGUUUCUGCGAUGGACGAGGCCCACAAUGUCCGCCCUCGGUUAACAAACCCAAUAAAACUAUUUGCAAUGAUGAGUUUGUCUGCUUUAUGGGGGAAUGCACUGGCAGCAUUUGUCUGGCUUACGGGCUCGAGUCCUGCCAGUGCAAGGCCAGAGCUAAUGAUCCGCUGACUAAAAGUUGCGAACUAUGCUGCAAACUCCCUGGAGAAAAUCAACCUUGCAUAUCAUCAUUCGAAUGGAAUUCGCUACCCUACGAAAUUCCUGACAUGAUGUCCAAGCCCGGUACUCCCUGUAACGACUACAAUGGCUACUGUGAUAUAUUCCAACGUUGCCGUGAGGUAGAUCCAACGGGUCCAUUAGCAACAUUACGAAGACUGUUACUGUCUGAUGCAAGCUUAGAGCGCUUCCAUCGAUGGAUGACCGACCGUUGGUACACUGUUGCCUUCAGUGUUAUUAUUAUCAUGACUGGAUUGGUAAUAAUGACUCGGUUACUAAGCAAGCAAUCAGAUACAAACAUGAAAAUAAUUUAUCUAAACGAAAGCAACAUCAAUAACAGUAAAAGUUUAGACGACAGCCGUAGAAAUAACAAUUAUUUUAACGAAGUUAAAAUAUUCAAAUGUUUUACUAUUUUCAAGAAGCGGCUGCUAGAAAAAAUGAAAACGCUCGUUUCGCCGAGGAAGAAAGACAUCAGCUCGUUAGAAUCACUGCAAUCUAUUUCCUCGGAGUUUGUUACUUAUAAUAAAUUUAAGAACAAUUAUUAUAGGAGCAAUAGUGGUGAUGAUGAUAAUAAUUUUUAUCUCAUAAGUUUGAUAAGUAAGUUUUAUAAUAAAAACAAGAAAAUUAGGAGGCAGAGAAAAUUAAUGAACAAUUUGGUGGCUGUAGAUAAUGGCAAGGUAACUAACACCCAAUUGUUGAGUGAUAAUAAUUACUAUUUGAUAAAUUAUAGAGAUAAUUUGGAUGUGAGAAAUGCAACAUCCGAUUUAGAAAAUUUACUACGACAAAGUUAGUAAUUAAUUUUUCAUAUAACCUGCAUUGAAAAUGCAAGUUUCAAUGCCUGUUGAGCCAACCGAAACUAGUCAAUUUCAGACCAAUAAUGCGACUGUUGCUGGGCAGGAAUCAAUCAUUUUCUUCCCGAUGGGCAGAAAAUGACGAUUUUCUGCCCGCAAGAUGAAGUUGCAGCUUUAUUUUCAAUCCUAUCAGAGUAUCUUUUGUUUAUUUUGUAUCUUUAUAAUU